GUCCACACUCGAGCGAGUGUAACACCCCAGACAUGGAUGACCCCGCACAAAAUGGCUCCACACACACACCGGUGCGAUACAACAUUCCUCCGAUGGUAACAUCACGCGCUGUGCAAUACAGGACCUCAUGCCGGGCUCCUUUACACCGGAUUCUGUUGUAAUUUAGCGAUUCGUCCGUCCUCAGGUAUAAACUCGGACUUCUUUCCGUUGAGCGCUAUCGUCUCGUGGCCUGGCCCCGGGUAUCUCGCGACAAUGAUGGAAAAGGUGAAGGCAGAGCUGUGCCAGAACAGCCCCGAGGGGAAGAUGUGCCGCUCCGCGAGGCCGGCAGACACUGCGAGCCCGGCUGGACCCGCCGCCAACGCCGCCGCCAACGCCGCCGCCUCCGCCGCCGCAUCGGGCCAGGAGAAGCAGGCGGCGGAGGACUCGGAGGAGAGCCGGCAGAGCGCCGAGGGUCCCCCGAGGGACCGCCGCAACGGGACCGUCAUCAUUCACAGCGUUGCCAAGGCAACGCCUCACAACCCCGCCGAGCUGAAAAGGGAAGUGCCCGUGAUCGAGCUCGCCCCUAUAAAAGGCGGGGAGACGAGCGCGCACGAUCACACGGUGCAGACGACGGAGCUGCGCAGACCCCCGGUGCCCCUCCCGCCGCCGCUGUCUGCACGCGACGCGCAGCACGAGACUCGAAUGGUGCAGCUGAGCCCGCCCGCCUUCCCGCUGCCGGCACGCGCCAUGCUCUACGGUAACGUGGCGCAACCGCUCGCGCCCGUGAACAGCAGCUUCGGGGACCCGGAGCAGUACGGCAUGUACCCCAGUAACAGGGUGAAGCGCCGACCUGCACCUUAUGAGGUUGAACUCAACGAGGCUGGGCAGCCGAAGAUUGUGCGCAGGAUCUUCACCAACAGCCGGGAGCGCUGGAGGCAGCAGAACGUGAACGGGGCUUUCGCAGAGCUGCGCAAGCUCAUCCCCACACACCCACCUGACAAGAAGCUCAGCAAGAAUGAGAUCUUGCGACUGGCCAUGAAGUACAUCAAUUUCCUGGCCAAGCUCCUCAAUGACCAGGACGAGGUGAUAGGGGGCGGGGGCACGGGCUCCAGAGCCACUUUGGCUGGGGACGACCUGCUGCAGGACGUGCCGUCCCCCAACUCCAGCUGCGGCAGCUUGCUGGAUGGAGACGGGAGCCCGGAGAGUUUCAGCGAGGAGCAGGACUCUGCGGUGGAAUCGCGCCCUGUUGCUAGAAACCUGCACCAUCCUCGAGCUCCACUAGAUGGGAACGCCCAGCGAUGAUGAGAAAAAGAGACGCACUGGGACGGGAAAGACGACAUGGGAAGCGUGCAGAACGUUGGCAGGCGCCAUGUUGGAUUUUCUGUAUUCCAUGACGUGUUUGGUUACUUUCUUCCUUCUGUUUUUGACCUUUGUGCACACCUUCCCCCCUAAAUACCCAGUAAUGGCUCUCCAGUAGACAGCGGUACACCCUAUACAGUAAAGGUAGCUGGAUUUUACGAAGAUUAACCUUUCUAGUGAAGCACAUGAAGACGUUAAACAACUGAACUGGCAGGGUCUUCUUUUCAAUUGCUGUGAUUUAUCGUGGGGAGACAUGACUAACACUGCCUGAGAUACUAUAAAUACUGUCAGAAGUUAAACUUGUGCUAAAUGAAACCAAUAUACUGGGGCGAGUCAAAAAGUAUCGACAAAAAUGUUAAAAAUUUCAUUAUAAUAAAGUUAAAACAAUAUUGCGGACACCUUUGUCUUACCCUCAUACAUUAUACACAUAAAACAAACCCUUCUAAAGACAAACCUUAUUUGCCCCACAUUAAAAAGGUACACUGUACAGAGACUAUUUUGACAAGCAUUGUAACUAUAAAAAGCCAUUGUACCAUUAUAUACAUAACUUCUAGUAUUUGAAAUUAAAUUGAUUAUAUGCAUCAUGAUUAUUCCUGUUGUUGCAGUUAUGUCAGCCCAGUCAAAUUCAAUCAUUUUAACACAAAAGCCCAUAAAUACGAGGGAGAAGAAAAAUCAUUUUAAUCCGGGUACUU